AUGGAGUUGCUAUUUCUAGAAAGAAGUGGAACACCACAUGAUGAACAAGGGAUUGAAAAGAGUAUGCAUCUUAAAGUAAAAGAUGCAUUUUCCCUUCAUCAUAGUAGGAAACGAGUUCUUAUAGAAUGGAAUGAAAGUGGUCAGCCAAUUGGAGAAUCCGGUGGACUCUUGGGAGGUGUUUUGGGGCUCAUUGCAAGUAAUUUUAAUAAUUUUCCUAUAAUGUACAAAACUUGGCAUAAGGUUCCACUACAAUACAAAGAUGCUGUUUUUGAGAAUACUAUUAAGAAAAUAUUUGUUGUUAAUGAUGAUGAACACAAAAGGUAUAUCUUAUCAAAUCUUGAAAAUAAGUGGAAGAAUAAUAGAUGCAAGCUAUUCAAUGAGUAUUAUAAAUCGGAACUUGGUUGGGAUGCAAAUGUUAAUUUGAAUCCAAUUGGAAUUCCCAAAGACCAUUGGGCUGCAUUUUUGGAAUAUAGAUUGAGUCCAAAAACUCAGAAAUUGUGUGAAAAGAAUGCUACAAAUCGGCAACAAUUAAAAAUUCCUCACACUCUUGGCUCAAAAACACUUGCUAGGAAACACCAUGAACUUGAAGACUUACAAAAGGAAAUUGGUGAGGGUGCUUCUGAAAAUGAAGCAUAUGUUAAAGUAUUCGGCAAAGAGAAUUCAAGCUAUGUUAGAGGUAUGGGAUUUGGUGUUCGUCCAUCUCAAAUGAUUGGAUCCUUAUCCUGCUCAAGAGAGUCUAUGCAAUCUACUACAACUAGUGGACCAUCAAGAACUGAAUAUCAAAACUUGAAGUUACAAGAUGUGCCUCCCACUAGCAACGCUCCACGGCCCAAUGGAGUUAAUCCAAAUGUGACAAACGGUGAACCAAUAGAAAGUGAAGCAAUUGAUCAUGUUGCUAAAGCUAAGAAGCAGAACAAGAAAUAA